GACAUACAUACACCCAACAACUCCACAUUUCACAUCACCCAUCAACAGUAUAACAAUAAUAAUCAUAACAACACCCCCACUCAAACCACCCCUGUUUCAUUUCACCAUUAGGGUUUCAUAAAAAUCCAAUCUUUUUCUUUCUUGUUUCUUUCUUUCACCAUGUUUCAGAGGCUGGGAACGAUCAAAUCAACCUAAACCCACUUCGAUUCGGUCAACUUUGAACCCAGAUUCGUGUUCAAAACCUUCAAUUUUGGUGUUGGUGUUCAGUUUUCUUGAAUCAAGAAACAGAGUAAAACAGAGUGAAACAGAGUAAGGUGUAAUGGCGAUGCCCUGCAAGGAUGGUGGGAAGUGUACGAUAAUGGAUAAUGGGAAAUACGUAAGAUACACACCGGAGCAGGUUGAAGCGCUUGAAAGGCUGUAUCAUGAGUGCCCGAAACCCAGUUCGAUUCGUCGGCAACAGCUUAUUCGUGAAUGCCCUAUUUUGUCCAACAUUGAACCCAAACAGAUCAAAGUUUGGUUCCAAAAUCGAAGAUGUAGGGAGAAACAGAGGAAGGAGGCUUCGCGGCUGCAGUCGGUGAAUCGGAAGCUAACAGCUAUGAAUAAGUUGUUAAUGGAGGAGAAUGAUCGGUUGCAGAAGCAGGUGUCUCAUCUUGUGUAUGAGAACGGGUGUUUUAGGCAGCAUACACAGAAUGCGGUGGUUGCUACGAAAGAUGGUAGUUGCGACUCGGUGGUGACGAGUGGUCAACGCCAUCUGACCCCUCAGCAUCCCCCAGGAGAUGCUAGUCCUGCUGGACUCUUGUCCAUUGCAGAGGAAACUUUAACAGAGUUUCUUUCGAAGGCUACUGGAACCGCUGUCGAGUGGGUCCAGAUGCCUGGAAUGAAGCCUGGUCCGGAUUCCAUUGGAAUCGUUGCUAUUUCUCAUGGUUGCACUGGCGUGGCAGCACGCGCGUGCGGCUUAGUCAGUCUUGAGCCUACAAGGGUUGCUGAGAUCCUCAAGGAUCGCACCUCGUGGUUUCGUGACUGCCGAGCCGUUGAUGUCCUCGAUGUGCUGCCCACUGCCAAUGGUGGAACCAUUGAACUCUUGUACAUGCAGCUUUACGCCCCUACAACUUUGGCUGCCGCUCGUGAUUUCUUGUUGUUGCGCUAUACUUCAGUUACAGAAGAUGGCAGUCUAGUGGUAUGUGAAAGAUCGCUUGCUAACACCCCGAACGGUCCAAACAUACCAUCGGUGCCAAAUUUUGUACGCGCAGAAAUGCUGCCUAGCGGCUACCUUAUUAGACCUUGCGAAGGAGGCGGGUCAAUCAUACACAUUGUCGAUCAUAUGAACUUAGAGGCAUGGAGUGUACCUGAAGUGUUGCGCCCGUUGUAUGAAUCAUCCACUGUUAUCGCUCAAAAAACAACUAUGAUGGCGUUACGACAACUACGGCAAAUAGCUCAGGAGGUUUCGCAAACCAGUACCCCUAAUUGGGGCCGACGACCCGCAGCUUUAAGAGCACUUAGCCAGAGGUUGAGCAGGGGGUUUAACGAGGCUGUCAGCGGGUUUACUGACGAAGGAUGGUCGUUAACGAGUAAUGAUGGAAUGGACGACGUAACCAUUCACGUAAACUCUUCACCUGAAAAACUUAUGGGGCUGAAUCUUUCUUUCUCAAAUGGAUAUCCGUCAGUUAAUACUGCCGUCUUGUGUGCCAAAGCGUCGAUGCUUUUACCACCGAACGUUCCUCCAGCCCUCUUGCUUAGGUUUUUAAGGGAGCACCGUUCGGAAUGGGCCGACAACAACGUUGAUGCUUAUUCAGCUGCGGCGGUCAAGCUCGGGCCGUGUAACUUACUGGGGACUCGUGCUGGUAAUUUUGGCGGUCAAGUUAUUCUUCCCCUUGCUCAGACAAUCGAGCAUGAAGAGCUUUUGGAGGUGAUCAAAUUGGAGGGUGUUGGGCUCUGUCCCGAAGACGCGCUAAUGGGGCGAGACAUGUUUUUUCUGCAACUAUGCAGCGGGAUUGACGAAAGCGCAGUCGGUAUGUGUUCAGAGCUAAUCUUUGCUCCGAUCGAUGCUUCCUUUGCUGACGAUGCACCACUUUUGCCUUCCGGUUUUCGCAUCAUUCCUCUCGAUUCUUGCAAGGGGGAUUCAAGCCCGAAUCGAACCCUUGAUCUUGCUUCUGCUCUUGAAGUGAGAGGGGCUGGGAACAGAGCUUCUGGUGAUCGAAAUGUCGGUAAUAAUUGUGCAAGAUCAGUGAUGACAAUUGCUCUUGAGUUUGCGUUUGAAAGCCAUAUGCAAGAAAGCGUUGCUGCGAUGGCUCGACAAUAUGUUCGCGGUAUUAUAUCAUCUGUUCAGAGGGUAGCAUCUGCGUUAUCUCCGUCUCCAAACGGAGGGCUUCAGACAUCGUUGGGUACCCCUGAAGCACACACUCUAGCUCGUUGGAUUUGCCGUAGUUACAGGUGCUACUUGGGUGUGGAGCUACUUGAAGGCGUGGGUGACGGAAAUGACUCGAUUCUUAAAUCUAUGUGGCACCACUCGGAUGCUAUCCUGUGCUGCUCAAUGAAGGCGAUGCCGGUUUUCACAUUUGCCAAUCAGGCGGGUCUUGAUAUGCUUGAAACAACGCUAGUAGCGCUUCAAGACAUCAGUUUGGAGAAAGUACUCGAUGAAAAUGGAAGAAAAGGUUUGUGUUCGGAGUUCCCACAGAUAAUGCAGCAGGGGUUCGCUUGUCUUCAAGGGGGUAUUUGCGUGUCGAGUAUGGGGAGACCGGUUUCUUAUGAGCGAGCGGUGGCAUGGAAAGUGGUGAAUGAAGAAGACAGGGAUCAUUGCAUCUGCUUUUUGUUCAUGAACUGGUCGUUCGUUUGAGUCUCGCUAGAUGAUCAUGAUGAUGUGGUAGUUGGUACCUGUUUUUUUGUGUUUGGUAGUAAAACUGAAACUUUGAUCUUGAUGUUCGAACGUUUAUCCAAUGUCGGCUUCAUGAUUUGUCGUCCCUGUUUCCCGUUUUAGAUUAUGUUAGUCGCCGGGAGCACAAA